CGGAGGAUGAUUAUACACUACGACCACCGGUUGACACAACGAUAAGCUACAAAAGAAGGACUGCGCGCAGUACAAAACGAAGAAACCGGGGCAGAGCCAAAAGAUGACGAGAUCAUUGAUGAUUUCAUGGAUUUCAGUUUUGAAAUUCAUGAAAUGUCUCAGAUGAACAUUGACUUUGAAGUUGGAACGCAGACACAGAAAAUGAUGGAUUAUUGCAACACUCCUGCUCAACUUUCACCAUCGGUAUUCUACGACACAGCCCACGAACAACAACUAGAGGCUUCGAGAGCAAACAAAAAGAAUCUGUUGAAAAAGAUGAAAGCAAAUGUCAAAAAAUACCUUAAAAUGGUUAAAGAUGUUCAAGAGAUGAACAACUUAGUGUCAGAAGCAAAAACUAAGUGUUUUUGGGAACCAGAGGUUAUGAAGGCUUGUAAGGAGUGGGAUCAGACGCUUCAGAAUAAUCCCAUUUGUGUGCCACCUGAUCCGGUUCAAGAGCAUGAAACUGCAGCCUCUCCUGUUCAUCAAGAACCUGAAACCCCAGCUUGUGAAGUUCAUCAUGAAGUUACUACAAACGAAGAAGGUAGAGAGGAUGAAGAAGCUCAAAAAGUAAUAUCAACAGUUUUGGUACAAAUGGCAUCAGAAGGUAUACUGCAACCAGAUGAUGGAGGAGUCACAGACACCCUUAUUGCAAACAUUCAAACUGUGAAACCGGGUGUAUAUGCUUACCAAACAACUGCCAAGGAAACUGGUGAAAACGAAACUGUUGUCGAAGAGACAGUGAACUUGGCAGAAUCUACACAAAAAGUCCAGGAAGAAGUGCCAGAAAAAGACCCUCAACAACUCGAUACGGACGUUGAAGUUGAAAAGGAAAAGGAACCUGAAUGCCCUCAGGUAACUGCUGAAGAAUUGCAUUCAGUUGAGUUGGUUUUGAGCAUAGGACCAACAUUGGAAGAAGAUAAAGGAAAAAAACAAACUAAGGGGAGAAAAACCACAAAGCCAAAGCAAGUUCCAAAACAAGUUAUCCCAAAAGGGUUAAAUGAACUGCUUUACAAGACAAUAGAACAAGCAAAAACAAGAGAUGAGAAAAGAUGUGCAGAUCUUGGAGACAAAUAUUGUUCCCCUUACUGCAAUAGAGUGGUAAACAUGCAUGAAGCACUCUUGAACCAAGAAUUGAGUGUGAUCCGCUUCACAUUUGCGACAUUUGCAGACUUGCAAGAAGAAUUUUACCGAUCAAAAACUGAGGUUGCAACAUUCAAAGCUGUGUUUGAAAGCUUCUACAGGGAACAAUACGUAGCAUCGAACGGAAUAUAUGCAUUUGUAGAUAUUCUAAACCUUGAAGAGAAGAAAAGGGAUAGAAAAUCAUCACCACACAGAUUCUUCUUGUAUUCCACAAUGAUGCCGGAUAUCUUUUACGACGAGGAGAAAUACACAGACAACCAACGACUAAAAAUAUUUGCCUCAAAUUUUAAAGACAUGUUACUGAGAUAUGAGGUAAAAAAACUUGAUUCGGUUGACCUGGUGUUUAUUCCGGUACUUCAAGGUGACCACUUCUAUGUCUUGUGCUUCAACUUGAAAUCCGACAAAAUUGAGCUGAUUGACAAUUCAGCAGCUGAACAAAACUUCAAGGAUAGAUACAAAGGGCUUCCAGACACACUGUAA